AAUGGUUGGGGGGCAUCUUCUGAGGGGCAUGAACUCCCAGGAGCCCACGUGCUGCACCGGCUGGAGGCAGCAGGGGGACGAGUGUGGGAUCGCGGUGUGCGAAGGCAACUCCACGUGCUCGGAGAACGAGGUGUGCGUGCGGCCGGGCGAGUGCCGCUGCCGCCAUGGCUACUUCGGUGCCAACUGCGACACCAAGUGCCCGCGCCAGUUCUGGGGCCCCGACUGCAAGGAGCUGUGUAUCUGCCACCCACACGGGCAGUGUGAGGAUGUGACGGGCCAGUGUACGUGUCACGCGCGGCGCUGGGGCGCACGCUGCGAGCAUGCGUGCCAGUGCCAGCACGGCGUGUGCCACCCGCGGAGCGGCGCGUGUCGCUGCGAACCUGGCUGGUGGGGCGCGCAGUGCGCCAGCGCGUGCUACUGCAGCGCCACGUCGCGCUGUGACCCACAGACGGGCGCAUGCCUGUGCCACGCAGGCUGGUGGGGCCGCAGCUGCAAUAAUCAGUGCGCCUGCAACACGUCGCCGUGUGAGCAACAGAGCGGCCGCUGUCAGUGCCGUGAGCGCACGUUCGGCGCGCGCUGCGAGCGCUACUGUCAGUGCUUCCGCGGCCGCUGCCACCCUGUGGACGGCACGUGCGCCUGCGAGCCGGGCUACCGCGGCAAGUACUGCCGGGAGCCGUGCCCUGCCGGCUUCUACGGCCUGGGCUGCCGCCGCAGAUGCGGCCAGUGCAAGGGCCAGCAGCCCUGCACGGUGGCCGAGGGCCGCUGCCUGACGUGCGAGCCAGGCUGGAACGGCACCAAGUGCGACCAGCCGUGCGCCACCGGCUUCUACGGCGAGGGCUGCGGUCACCGCUGCCCGCCAUGCCGCGACGGGCAUGCCUGUAACCACGUCACCGGCAAGUGCACGCGCUGCAACGCGGGCUGGAUUGGCGACCGGUGCGAGACCAAGUGCAGCAAUGGCACUUACGGCGAGGACUGCGCAUUCGUGUGCGCCGACUGCGGUAGCGGCCACUGCGACUUCCAGUCGGGGCGUUGCCUGUGCAGCCCCGGCGUCCACGGACCCCACUGUAACCUGACGUGCCCGCCCGGGCUCCAUGGCGUGGACUGUGCCCAGGCCUGCAGCUGCCACGAGGACUCGUGCGACCCUGUCACUGGUGCCUGCCGCCUGGAGACCAACCAGCGCAAGGGCGUGAUGGGCGCGGGCGCGCUGCUUGCCCUGCUCCUCGGCCUGCUGCUCUCGCUGCUCGGCUGCUGCUGCGCUUGCCGCGGCAAGGACCCCGCGCGCCGGAAGCUCAAGUUUGGGAGGAAGAAGGCGCCCCAGCGACUGUGCGGGCGCUUCAGCCGCAUCAGCAUGAAGCUGCCCCGGAUCCCGCUCCGCAGGCAGAAGCUGCCCAAGGUCGUAGUCGCCCAUCACGACCUGGAUAACACACUCAACUGCAGCUUCCUGGAGCCACCCUCGGGGCUGGAGCAGCCCUCGCCAUCAUGGUCCUCCCGGGCCUCGUUCUCCUCCUUUGACACCACUGAUGAAGGCCCCGUGUACUGUGUACCCCAUGAGGAGGCGGCAACCGAGAGACGGGACUCGGAGGCCCCUGCCUCCCCUGCUGAGGCACUGGCGCCCUCGCCCGCGCCGGCGUCGGCGUCGGCUGAGGAGCUGACGCCCCUCCCUGCGUCCUCCGACAGCGAGCGGUCGGCGUCGAGCGUGGAGGGGCCUGGCGGGGCGCUGUAUGCGCGCGUGGCCCGGCCGGCCCGGGCCCGGGGCGAGGCUGGAGGCCUGUCGCUUUCGCCAUCGCCUGAGCGCAGGAAGCCGCCACCACCCGACCCCGCCACCAAGCCCAAGGUGUCUUGGAUCCACGGAAAGCACGGCGCCGCCGCCGCUGCCCGUGCGCCCUCGCCGCCACCUCCAGGUCUCGAGGCCGCGCCCAGCCCCAGCAAGAGGAAACGGACGCCCAGCGACACGUCGGCGCGGCCGGAGGAGCCCGGCAGCCCCCGGGCCCGAGACCUAAUGCCACGGCCCCCGGGGCUUGCCGAGGGGCCCGAGAAGGCGGCGGCCGGCGCGCCCGUGCCGGACACCCCCCGGAAGAAGACCCCCAUCCAGAAGCCCCCGCGCAAGAAGAGCCGGGAAGCGGCGGGCGAGCUGGGCAGGGCGGGCGCGCCCACCCUGUAGCAGGCGGCGACCCCGCGGUGCCCGCAGCUUCCCCCGGCUUAGCAGCGCUGCUUGCCACCCCGCGUCCCGCGCCCGCCCGGCGUCUCCCGCGGCGGCCUCCCGGGGCCCGAGGCCAGGAGCGGCCUGGCGGAGGCUGCGUCUCCGUGGCUCAGGCUCCAGCGGCGGCUCCUUGAUUGGAGCUCGGCGCUUCGGCGGGAAGGCGCCAUCCCCUUGGUCGAGGCCUGACAGGCGCUUAGCUGGCGACUCCCUUCCCACUGACCGAGUUACGGAGGGCUCCGACCAGCCCAGCUCUCAAAGGCCGAGGACGGGAGGGUUCUGCCACGUGACCAUCUCUUACCCGCCAAGAGUGCACUUGGCUGGGGCUGCCUUCUCAUUGGCUGAGACCAGAGGCACUUCUGCCCCGGCUGCCUCUCAUUGGCCAGGGCCUGGCGCCUCUGGCUGGAGGCUCUUUUCCUUGGUAGCCCGAGGCUACUUCUACUGGCCUCACUCCGGGGCAUCCGGUUGACCGGAGCCUGGGGAGGAGGGCUGGUCUCUGCUCCUCAGGGGGCUCAGCGCUCCCGGGUUCCGCCCAUCCGCUCCCUUCCCCUCCCUGCGCCCCCAGCCCCAGCCUCCCUGCGCCCUGGCCCCUCAGCUGUCGAGCUGGUUUUGAUGGCCUCCCACCGCCUCACACGCCGUGAGAAUCCAAGGGGCGACUCCAGUGGCCUGAGGAGACAUAUUUAUAGCCCCCGGCAGGGCUGCUCCCACCCCAUCCGGGUGCCCCAGGGUCGGCUCCUCCCGGCAGGGGCUUGGCCAAAGCUUUCUUAAUAAAGUGCCUUCUUUCGUCCUG